AAAAAAUCCGUAUAAUAAAAUGAAAAUAUAUAAACCCAAAAAAAAAGCCCACCAUUGUCGAAGAAGCAGAGAUUCAAACAUUCCUCUGCAGAUUAGUGAAAGCAAAUCGGAAGAAGCAGCGAAUCAGCUUCAGAUGGGAGAUUCAACAUUUCUCGAUAGAAUGCUUCUCCAGCUUCGCUCCACUUGCAAGUAUUACAGCGGUUACCCUAAGGAUCUCGGGCCAUCGCGGGUUCUCCAUUUUACAUCAGAAAGAGAGUUUGUCCAACUCCUUCACCAGGGCUAUCCUGUGGUUGUCGCAUUCACCAUAAGGAGUAACUACACACAACAUCUUGACCGGAUGCUUGAGGAAGCUGCUGCUGAGUUCUAUCCCAACAUAAAAUUUAUGCGUGUUGAGUGUCCCAAGUAUCCCGGAUUCUGCAUAACUCGCCAGAAAAAUGAAUAUCCUUUCAUUGAAAUAUUCCAUAGCCCACAACAUGCCGGUAAUGAAGGAAAAGUACAGGAUCCAAAUAUCACUCGGUAUUCAGUGAAAGUUGUACCUUACAAUUAUGAUAUGAGUCCCUACGGAUUCAGAGAAUUCUUUAAGCGCCAGGGGGUUCGUACUUCGGAUCCCAAAUGAAGCAACUUGAAGGUUGGUUCGUAUUCACAAGCUUUUAUGAGUGUAUCAAUGACUUCUGUGAUCUACCAACGACUGAACUAUUGUAUUACUAAAUUUCCUUUUUGCCUUCAGAAGAAGAAUAAAAUUCUUAUGAUAUAUGUCUGAGAAUGUUCCAAGUUCUACUAUUUCCAUGAAUCAAUAAUCAGAGCGGUGUAAAAUUUAAAUGUUAAAGUAAAAAAAAAGGCAUUAG